UAGACAGUUAUGUCUAAAAUCUUUACUUUGAAUGCACACUGAAAAAGGCACGUAACACGAAAUUAAAUUAAACAUGAAAUGUUCAUGUAGAAAUACUAUUUUCUUGUAAAACAUGCUCCAAUAUCCUUUUUUGUUUACAACUUUGAUUUAGUUUUUUCAGUGCAUUUGGCAACGUCAGUAAACUCCUACUGACAUCAAAGACUCUUCAGAUGUCGUUCAGUGUGUUUGUUCAACAGGUUUAACGUGCUAAAGGGUGGAGCACUGAACCCCCAAUAACAAAAAAAAAAAGAAAGAAAAAGAAAUCAGUGACAUCUGGUAUUCAGCAGCUUUGUGUUUUAUUUCAUUCUUUGACUGAAAUUACUGCUCAGAGAUGUGAACUUUGACUAUAAAGAUGAACUCGGUUAUCAAAAUGUACAAUUUUCAUUUUCAUUGUUCUUCUGUGAUCACUAAAAAUUCAGUUUCAGUUACUGCUGAUGAAAUUGACAGAAUUAAUAAUAAAAAUAAUAAAAAUAUAUUUGAUUGUAUCACCCAUCUGUAUUAAAUUACCUUCAAAUGUGGUUUUGUAAUAAAUUUAAAAAAAGUGUGUCAGAAGGUCUUUCAAUCACAUGUCACAGUGUUAGUCACUUUACUGUCGUUAGUUGAUCACAAUAGAGGGAGUUUCACUGGCACAACAGCUUGAGCUCAAAUACCUUCAUUCUCUCACUGGAUUCACACUGAGAUACUAAACUACUGCGGAGAAACUUACAGAAAUCAGACAAAUCAACAGAGAAAUGAAUCCAGAACACACAGGUAUGUUGGAAUUUAUGUACUAUAAUUAUAGAAAACUGAUAUGAUAGUCACUGUAGAUAAUGUUAGAGAAACCUACAUGGCAAAACCUGUUUAACUAGAUUGUAACUGAUCUCAAUGACAAUCAUGUGUUUUACACAGUUAAAAUGGGUGAUUUCUGAAUAUAUACUGUAGAUCUUCACAUAAACAAUAAAAUGGGAUCCAAAUGUUUAGUUAGUAGAUAAAAUAGUAGACUAUUACAUACACAACAUGAGUGUCUGUGUGCUGCCAGGUUAUCACGUUUGUGAUCUGUUAUUGUAGUUAUUAUGUUUCUGAUACGAUCAGUGUGUUUUUAGAUGUGUAAUUUUAGGCUUGCGUGAUUGUGAAUGAGACAAAUUGUCAAACUUUUUUGACAACUGUUUUUUUUUUUUUUUUAAGUCUAAAAGUUUACAAGAGCCAAUUUACUUCAACUUUUUUCACAAUACAUGUUCUGUGAAUGAUUGUUGUGCAUAUCGUUCUAAAGAAAAAAUAUAUAGUUUAUAUAUUUAAUCAAAAAUAUAAUUACUUCACCGUUGAAGUGUAUUUUCUUGUCAUCUGAUGUUACUGUACAUGUGCCAUAAUGUACUGAUGUCAUAUUUUCUCAUAUUUUGAGUUUUAUUAUAUAUGUUUUGUUUUUUUUCAUGUCUUUAUUUUAUACUUUAGUUCCUCAUGUAAUGUUUGUGGAUUAUGUGUUGGAAUUUAAGACACUGUCUCUUUAAGAGAACACACCCACUGUUGGAAGCCUAUUGGUAUUGAUGUUCAGUUAGUUGGAAAUAUAUGUACUCUGCAACUCUCUCUCUCUCUCUGUUUGAUAUAUAACAGUUUUUUUUUUUUUUUUCACCAAUUUUAUAGAACAUACCAAUUCCUCUUGUUAUUAAACACAUGUUUUUAUUGUGAAACACAUUUUUCAUGAGCCAUACCUUAUGGUAUAUAACAUUUAUUUAUUACUAUUAUUUCUAAUGUUUAUUUCUUACUAUUUCCCAGUGUCCGAUGAACCACCUGCUGUACAAGAGCUAAGGAUGGUGCUAAUCGGAAGAAGUGAAGCUGGAAAGAGUUCAAUAGGCAACGUAAUACUGGGUCGAGAGGCGUUUAAAGAAGGCACAACCACAGAGACUGAGCUACAGAGAGGAAGAGUAGAAGACAGAAACAUCUCCAUCAUCGACACUCCAGGAUUCUUCAACACUCAUCUCACUGAUGAAGAGAUGAGGAAGCAGAUGAUGAAGAGUCUGUAUCUCUCUGAUCCUGGUCCUCACGUGUUCCUGCUUGUCAUCCGACUCGACAGAUUCAUAGAAGAUGUGGUGAAGACCGUAAAAAAGAUUUAUGAGCACUUUGGAAAGGACACUUUCAUGUUCACCAUGGUGCUGUUCACGGGAAGAGAGGCGAUGUCCAAACGAGAAUGGAUCGAGUUCAGGCUGGACAGAAAAACUAGAGAACUCCUGAGCUUCUGUGAAGAGAAAUGUCACGUGAUCAUUCAUAAAAACAAGAAAGACAGGAAACAGAUCGCAAGCCUAAUAGAGAAUAUUGAUGAAGUUGUGAGGAAGAACGGACGAGAACAUUAUGUUAAAGAGGUCUAUGUGAAGAAUAGUCGAGAUGAGAUGAGGAUGAAGCAAAAGGAUGGAAAAGAGAAAAUCAGCGUACAGGAACAAAUGACAAGCCAAGAGAAAGAGACGAACAGAGAAGAAAACAACAGAGCAGAGCAUCAGAUUACAGAAGAAGAGAUAGAAAACGCUGUUCAGAAAGACCAAAGAGCAAAUGAGAGUGAAAAAGGAUCUCCAGAAGGCAAUCAAAGCAACCAAAAACAUGAAACAUGUUUGAUCAGGCAGGAGAAGAAAGAGACACCAGAAAAUAAUUUAAUAAAAGUGUCUGAUCUAAGGAUUGUUCUUCUUGGUAAAAGUGGAUCUGGAAAGAGCUCGACAGCAAACACCAUCCUGGGCAGAGAUGCGUUCAAAAGCAAGACGAGUCUCCCAUCAAGCGAUCAAACCUGUGAGAAACAAGAAGCAGGUGUGUGUGGAAGAAACAUCUCAGUGAUCGACACUCCAGGACUGUUUGAUCCAUCGAUGACGAGAGGCCAAAUGCAGGCUGAAAUACAAACGUGUGUAGAGAUGACGUAUCCUGGUCCUCAUGUGUUUCUGCUGGUCAUCAGACUGGACGAGAAAUUCACCAAAGACGAGAAAAACACAGUGAAAUGUAUUCAGGAGAACAUCGGAGAAGAUGCUUUACGUCACACUAUCAUCCUGUUCACUCACGCUGAUCAUCUGAGGGGAAAAUCAUUAGAUCAGUAUGUCGAAGACACUCCAGAUCUGCAGGCGUUUACUGAGGGUUUUGAUGGAAGAUUUCACUCGUUCAACAAUAAGAACUUAGAGAAUCUCUCUCAGGUCACUGAACUGCUGGAGAAGAUUGAGAAGAUGGUGGAGAGAAAUGGAGGGAAGCACUACACCAGUGAGACAUUUGUGAAAUAUCAGGAAGAGAUUAACAGCGAGAAAGAGGAGAUAGUCGAAGAUAGUCAACCAUCAAACUGGUUGAAAGGAAUGUUUGUUUUCUUCAUAGGAGCGCUAGCAGCUGCAGCGGUAGCUAGAAGUGGACUUGAAGGAUGAAGAACAUCCAACAGCGAAGCAAUAUGAACACAAAUAGUUGCAAAAUACUUAAUAUUUUUAUUUUCUUCAAUACUACAGAAUUUAACAAUAAUAGUGGAUAACUAUAAUGUAUAAUUUGUACUAUUUAUAAUUGUAUUUUUUUUUUUUUAUUAGGCUGGACCUAAAUAUAUGUGCUUAUCAAAUAAAACAAUGUUAAAAAGAUACAUGAUCUCAGAAUUUUUUUUUUUUUGAAUCAAGGAAAAGUGUUUUAAUUGAAAUCACAUUUAGCAGUUUUCCAUUGUCAAUAUUAGUCAUUUAAAAGAGCUUUCUGUCUGUCAGUCAUUUUGCGUGCUCUCUGCGAACACAUAUAUUCAUGUAGUUUACUUGUUUUUAUUUUUAACGUGGUGUCAUAACUUGCUUUGUGAGUUUACCUCUCUCAAAAAGGUAAAGGCUGUGGCUCUGUAACACACUUUAAGUUAUUGGUUUUAACCAGGCGAUCAGCUCAAGGUAUGGGGCGUGGCUACCAAUAAUGAAUCGUUUUAGCGAUAAUUAGUAAUCUAAGGUUGAUGACAAUGAAUUAUGGAUGUGUGAUUUCUAACAAUGACAACAACUGUGUUUUAGAGCUGUGUAUUUCAAACAUGUCCUGGAGCCUCCAGCACUGCACGUUUUCCUAUAAUUGAACAUGCCUGAUUCACCUCCUCAGCUCAUUAGUGACUGCAAGACCCAAACUGGGUGUUUCAGAAAAAGGGAGACAUAUAUGAAGGUAAAAUGACGUCAAAAAGAUUUGCAUGCGCAGGGUAAGAUUUGUGAAAGUGUA